AAGAAUAGAAAGGCGAAACAAAACGACGGACGAGAGAAGAAGAGAAAACAGCAACAGAGCAGAACCGGGCCGUCGCUCGUCUGACGCAAUGCCGUCCCAGUGUGAGACCGCAGACACAUAAAGAGGAGACGCCGCACUGGCUGCUGGGGCGCGAGAAACGCGGCCGCCAUCUUGGACCGGGCAUCCUACGAGUUGCCAAGCAGCAGAAUACGCGACUGAGAAAGAUGCCGGAACACUGUUCAGCAUAUUCCUGCUCCGAUCGACGGACCGUCGAAAGCGGGGCUCGGGGGAUUACUUUUCACAAGAGCGACCCACCACAUCCCGCUCCAUCACCUUCCGUUUGGACUUCACAUAAACCCCUCCACCCCAGACCCGGCCAGCUCCUCUACCUCCACCUCCUCCUCUUCAUCUUGGUUCUCCUCCUGCCCCCCCCCUUGACCUUCAACACCCCCCCCCCCGCUCUGUGGCUCCCUCUCCCCCUCCUCCCACCACGUCUGCGGAGUGGGUGCCGGCCCCCUCCCCCGGGGGAGGGAGCGAGGAGCUCGGGGAGGCCUUGGACAAGCCCCUAGAGAACGAUGCGGAGGGUGUGUGGAGCCCCGACAUCGAGCAGAGCUUCCAGGAGGCGCUGGCCAUCUACCCGCCCUGCGGCCGCAGGAAGAUCAUCCUCUCAGACGAGGGAAAGAUGUACGGUGUCCAGUCACAUCCAAGUGCUUGCCCGACGGAAGGCCAGAGAGAUUCAGGUGAAGCUGAAGGUACGCUAUGACCAGGCUGCCAAAGACAAGGCCCUCCAGAGUAUGGCCACCAUGUCCUCAGCCCAGAUAAUCUCGGCCACGGCCUUCCAGAACAAGAUGGCGCUGCAGGGUCUGUCCAGGCCGGCCUACCCCACUGCUGGUGGAUUUUGGCACGGAGCUCUCCCAGGACAGCCCGGUGGUCCUGAAGACAUUAAGCCCUUCUCCCAGCAGGGUUAUGCCAUGCAGGCGUCCGGUCCGCCCCCCAUAACAGGUUAUGAGAGCACGGCGGGACUCUGCAUGUCGCCUGGCGCUCCCCCCUGGCAGGGGAGAAGCAUCGCCAGCUCCAAGCUUCGCAUGCUGGAGUUCUCCGCCUUCCUGGAGCAACCUCAGGACCCGGAAACUUUCAACAAGCACCUCUUUGUACACAUCGGCCAGUCCAACCCCAGCUACAGCGACCCCUAUCUGGAGGCGGUGGACAUACGGCAGAUCUACGACAAGUUCCCCGAGAAGAAGGGAGGACUGAAGGAGCUGUUUGACAAAGGGCCGCACAACGCGUUCUUCCUCGUCAAGUUCUGGGCCGACUUGAGUGUCAAUCUGCAGGACGACAGCAGUUUCUUCUAUGGUGUCUCCAGUCAGUACGAGAGCUCGGAGAACAUGAUCAUUACCUCGUCCACCAAGGUGUGCUCCUUCGGAAAGCAGGUGGUGGAGAAAGUAGAGACGGAGUACGCCCGAUUCGAGAACGGACGCUACGUGUUUAGGAUCCACCGGUCCCCGCUAUGUGAAUACAUGAUCAACUUCAUCCACAAGCUCAAACACCUGCCGGAGAAGUACAUGAUGAACAGCGUACUAGAGAACUUCACCAUCUUACAGGUGGUGACAAACAGGGACACACUGGAGACUCUUCUGUGCAUAGCCUAUGUCUUUGAGGUGUCCACCAGCGAGCACGGUGCACAGCAUCACAUCUACAGGCUGGUGAAAGACUGACGCACAUCAGCUGACGGAACGUAUAUGCCCACAUGGAGCCACAAUAAUGCCUCAAACAACAACAACAACAACAACAACAACAACAACACCAAAACUUGUGGUGACCAGAAAAACUGGCAGUCAAAAGAUCAGGACCCCCGUGCAAGGGAAGCACUGGAUGCGUGUGUGUGUGUGUCGACGGCGUGCUCAGGAAACACUACUGUUGGGGGAGAAGGGUGGAUUUCUAGGACUACGGGAAUUUGAAUUAUGCUUUGUGUGAAUAUAAAAAAGAAAAAGAAUGAAAAAAGAAAAAAAAAACCGGAAGAGGAGAGGAGAGGAGAGAAUGUUUUACUCUGGUCUCUAUCCCGAAGGAGCCCAUCACGUUAGCCGACGAGACGUUGCAUGAGAGAGUUGUGCAUCUCAUCUUCAUUAGCGCUUGGUUUGAAUUCAUUUGGUUCCUCGUGCGUGUGCAGGGGGGCGUGUGCGCGGCCCGAGACGGCAGGAGACGCUCCGCCGGAGGUUGCCAUCUAGUGACGUCACUAAACACCAGCGGAAACUGCGCCCGAGAGAAAGCUGGACUCCCCCGUUUUUGCACAUCCAUUAAAAAAAAAAGUGUCAAUGUUUUUGGUGCCAAACUUUAUUAAAUUUAUGAUGAA